AUGACGAUUGCAAAUUUAUCAAAGAAACCUAGAAUAAUUAAUCAAAAUACUCCAAUUGGAACUAUUGAAAUUGAAUCACCUAACUCAAGUUGCUUCUCAAUUUCAUCAAUUUCACCUGAACCGCAACCACAACAACAAUUAAUUAGCACAGAAGGUAAGAAAAUACCUAUCCAGAUUAAGAAAACAAUUGACGAAAUGACACAACAUCUCAACAAAGAACAACAAAAAUCAUUACUAUCAAUUCUUUACCAGCACUACGAAUUAUUCGACACAUCUGUACCAAAAAUUGCAAACACUCAUAUACAACAUACAAUACCAACUGGAAACAAUCACCCGGUGAACUCAAAACCAUACCGAUUGAAUCCAGAAAAACAACAAAUAAUGGACAACGAAAUACAAUCAAUGCAUGCUGCCGGAUUAAUUCGACAAUCCCAGUCGGAAUGGUCUUCACCAGUCGUGCUGGAACAUUGUGAACAUUUAAAUAAUGUUCUAUCUGUGUUGAACAAAGCAAACUUCCAAGUAAACCUACCUAAAUGUUCGUUUGUAAAAUCAGAGAUGGAUUACUUGGGACAUACAAUCAAUUGUCAUGGAUUUAAACCACUUCAUACAAACGUUGAUGCUAUUAUGAAAACACCAACUCCACGAACAGCAAAACAAGUACACUCGUUUCUUCAAAUGGUUAAUUUUUAUCGUAAAUUUAUCCAUAAUUUUACAGAACUAACUCGUCCUCUUCGACCAUUCCAACAGAAGAACAUGAAAUUUUACUGGGGCGAUAGUGAACAAUUAGCAUGGAAUGGAUUAAAAACAGCAUUGACUACACCACCAGUCUUCUUGAAUUUUCCUCAAUAUGAUAUUAAAACAAAGAAAAAAUUCCCAUACAUACUUUCGACGGAUGCAUCGAACUUUGGUAUAGCUGGUGCUUUGAAACAACAAACACCAGAUGGACUUAAACCGAUUGUAUAUAUUUCUCGAACAUUAAAUGCAGCAGAAAGAAAUUACUCAACAUUUGAAAGAGAAUGUCUUGGGAUUACUUGGUCAGUAACAAAAUUGCGAGAUUAUUUAGCUGAUGAACCCUUUGUGAUCGAAACUGAUCAACAACCAGCUCGAAAUAUUCAUUUAAAUCGUUCUUCAACAAAUAGAAGAGUUAAUAACUGGAAAUUACACCUUCAAAAUUAUGAUAUAAUCGAGAUUAAACAUAAACCUGGAACAAGAAAUUGUGAUGCUGAUUAUAUGUCACGCCAUCCAUUAAUUAAUAAAGAAGAAAUCAAUGAUGAACUGGAUGGUAUGUGUAUGGUUAUGACAAGAUCAAAAACCAAACAACUAAAUACAACAAUCAAUCAAUCUUUGACGACUUCACCUUCAUCUACAACAUCUGGUGCUACACAACAUUUAUCACCUUUAGAUCCCUAUCGAUUGAAACAUGAACAGAAUAAUGAUCAAGAAAUACAACAAUUAAUUUUGGAAUGUAAAAGUAAGCAAAAAUCUACCUAUUUAAUAAUCAAGGGAGUUCUUCAUACACAAUUAAACAAUGGAAAAUAUGUACCAAUUAUCCCUGUCGCAUUAAGAAAAGAAAUUCUUCAUUCAUUUCAUGAUCAUCCUACAGCUGGACACUUUGGACGUGAUAAAACUUGGUAUCGACUCAAAGAUCGAUGUUCUUGGCGAAACAUUCGUCAAGAUGUAAUUCAUUAUAUUCAAUCAUGUUCCGCAUGUGCAAAACAUAAUGUUCGAAGACAUAAACCAUCAGGUCAAAUGCAAUUAAUUGAACCUCCAGGUGAAGUAUUUGAUUUAGUACAAAUGGAUUUUACAGGACCACUCAAAGCGUCAACGAAUGGAAAUCGAUAUGUCAUAUCUAUGACAGACUAUCUUUCAAAAUACGUCAUUAGUAGAGCUGUUUCAGAUGAUUCAGCACAAACUGCUGCUGAAUUCCUCGUUGAUAUAUCACUGGAAUUUGGUCCUCCACAUCAACUACAAACUGAUCGUGGUUCACAUUUCACAUCUAUAGUCUUUGAACAGAUUGCAAAAAAGAUGGGAUGUGUACAUACAGUAUCAACACCUUAUCAUCCUCAAUCACAAGGUGUAAUUGAGAGAUUCAAUGCAACUUUUAAACAACAACUGGCUAAAUAUACAAAUGAACAUUAUGACGAUUGGGAUGAUUAUCUUCAAACAGUUGUUUCAUCGUACAAUAGUGCUGUUCAUCAAGUAACACAAUUUACUCCAUCUCAAAUAUUUCAUAAACGAAAAUCAGUUUUAGUAUUUGAUCCUGCUAGAAAACAUAUUACUCUACCAAGAGUAAAUGAUUAUUGGAACUAUUUUCUUCAAUUUGAAAAAAUUUAUAUGGUUCAAGUGAGACGAAAUAUUCGACAUCAACAACUACAAACAAAACGUCGAUUUGAUCGAAAUAGACCAAAUAUACAAUUUGUUAAUUGA